AUGUCGACCUUCAAGAUCCUGACCACCGCCAACGCCGCGUACACGGGCGCUGCCAGGCCAUUCACAACUGGGCGGACGAGGGGCUGGGCAAGUGGGCCAUCGGCGCCGAGGUCCAGGACGACACCAACCUCAUCGUGGCUGGGUGAAACAGCGGCGCCAACUGCCGCUUCGUGGUCCGCAAACAACGACGAGCACACGGCCUUUAUCGGGACGGCGGAUGUGCGGAGUCUCGUUCGCGACUCGAGGCUGUGGUUCCAGGUCACGUACUCCAGCAAGACUGCGGUCGAGGAGAGGGUGGGUGCCGAGGGCCCCAUGAAGUCUGUCGAGCAGUACAGCGGGACCAAGUUUGAGCAAAAGGCGGACUGGGCGAUGUUCGAGUAUGACAGUUCCUUAUAG